AUGCAGUUUCCAAAUCUACUCAUCAUUCUUGGAGGGUUCAAUAGUGUCAAUGGCCGCGACAGAAUUAUGUACCUUAAAUUGCCGUUUAUUAAAAGGGAGGCCUGCCCGGCUUGUUAUGUAAAACGGAUCAGGUCUAACCCGUCCCAAAAGCCGCACGUUGGAGCGAAGUCGAUGCUGGGCUUUAUCGGCAACAAUGGCGACGAGGCGGCCGAUAAAUCCUUCCCGGCGUACAUCGGGAAUUGGAACAUCGACAUUUUCGUCUCCCUUUCAGUCGAGAUCCCGUUCAUCUCCUUACUUAUCGAUUGCCCUCAUCAUUCUGGUCCUUUUGCAAAUACUAAAGCUGCCAAUCGUAUUGAAGGUGACUUUUCAUGCACCCUAGAGGUCGAACGAGCCAUCCCGAUCCUGCAAAAGGCAUAUGGGGACAGCAUGCACAAGGUUUUGCAUGUGGGCCCAGACACUUGUUCUGUGGUCUCUAGAUUGUUGAGGGAAGAGGAUAGCGAGGCUUUUGGCGUGGAGCCGUAUGACAUCGAGGAUGCUGAUCGUACUUGCAGGAGCUUGGUCCACAGGGGGCUCGUUCGUGUGGCAGAUAUUAAGUUCCCUCUGCCUUACCGAGCAAAAUCUUUCUCUCUCGUGAUCGUCUCGGAUGCUUUGGAUUACUUGUCCCCCAAGUAUCUGAACCGGACGCUUCCGGAACUAGCAAGAGUGUCGUCUGAUGGCCUCGUCGUUUUCACUGGCCAGGUUAUGGUGAUAGAAUACUAUUUCUGGUUUAGGUGA